UUGAGGGACAAACCGUGUUUGCACUGACAGAGGAGGAAAAGAUUUUUAAGGAUGCGUAUGUGGUUAUAGUCUUCAAAAUGGCUACGAAUGAUAGCAAAGCUCCGUUACGAACAGUUAAAAGAGUGCAAUUUGGGAUACUUAGUCCCGAUGAAAUUCGACGUAUGUCAGUCACAGAAGGGGGCAUCCGCUUCCCUGAAACAAUGGAAGCCGGUCGCCCCAAAUUAUGCGGACUUAUGGAUCCCAGACAAGGUGUUAUAGAUAGAAGCUCGAGAUGCCAGACUUGUGCCGGUAAUAUGACAGAAUGCCCAGGACAUUUUGGACACAUCGAAUUAGCCAAACCCGUAUUUCACGUUGGAUUUGUUACAAAAACUAUAAAAAUACUAAGAUGCGUUUGUUUUUUUUGUAGUAAAUUGCUAGUCAGUCCUAAUAAUCCGAAAAUUAAAGAGGUAGUUAUGAAAUCUAAGGGUCAACCAAGGAAACGUUUAACUUUUGUUUAUGAUCUUUGCAAAGGUAAAAAUAUUUGCGAAGGUGGUGAUGAAAUGGACGUUGGUAAAGAAGGGGAGGAUCCUAAUAAAAAAGCUGGACAUGGUGGUUGUGGACGAUAUCAACCAAGUAUAAGACGUUCCGGUUUGGAUCUGACAGCGGAAUGGAAACACGUGAAUGAGGAUACACAAGAAAAAAAAAUCGCUUUAUCGGCUGAAAGAGUUUGGGAAAUUUUGAAACAUAUAACGGACGAAGAAUGUUUUAUCCUUGGUAUGGAUCCCAAAUUUGCUAGACCUGAUUGGAUGAUCGUUACGGUACUACCAGUGCCUCCGUUAUCGGUUCGUCCAGCUGUGGUGAUGUUCGGUUCGGCUAGAAAUCAAGACGAUAUAACUCACAAAUUAGCCGAUAUAAUAAAAGCGAAUAACGAAUUGCAAAAAAACGAAGCGGCCGGAGCCGCCGCUCACAUAAUCACUGAAAAUAUAAAAAUGCUGCAGUUCCACGUGGCCACUUUAGUGGAUAACGAUAUGCCGGGCAUGCCGAGGGCCAUGCAGAAAUCGGGGAAACCUCUGAAAGCGAUAAAAGCGAGAUUAAAAGGAAAAGAAGGCAGAAUAAGAGGUAACCUCAUGGGCAAACGUGUAGAUUUCUCAGCGAGGACCGUAAUAACGCCGGAUCCGAAUUUACGUAUCGAUCAAGUCGGUGUACCCAGGAGCGUUGCUCAAAAUAUGACGUUUCCGGAAAUUGUGACGCCAUUUAAUUUCGAUAAGAUGCUGGAAUUGGUACAGAGGGGUAAUUCCCAGUAUCCGGGGGCCAAAUAUAUUAUAAGAGACAACGGGGAACGAAUAGAUCUUAGAUUUCAUCCGAAACCUUCGGAUUUACAUUUGCAGUGUGGUUACAAAGUGGAAAGACACAUCAGAGAUGGGGAUUUGGUGAUAUUCAACCGUCAACCGACCCUCCACAAAAUGAGUAUGAUGGGACAUAGAGUAAAAGUUUUACCUUGGUCAACGUUCCGUAUGAAUCUGUCUUGUACAUCGCCGUAUAACGCCGAUUUCGACGGGGACGAAAUGAAUUUGCACGUGCCUCAAAGUAUGGAAACUAGAGCGGAAGUUGAGAAUCUCCAUAUCACCCCAAGACAGAUUAUCACCCCUCAAGCGAACAAACCCGUCAUGGGUAUUGUGCAAGAUACUUUGACAGCGGUUAGGAAGAUGACGAAGAGGGAUGUUUUUAUUGAAAAGGAGCAGAUGAUGAAUUUGUUGAUGUUUUUGCCUAUUUGGGAUGGUAAGAUGCCACGACCAGCCAUACUAAAACCGAAACCGUUAUGGACCGGCAAACAAUUAUUCUCCCUAAUCAUCCCCGGUAAUGUGAACAUGAUCCGCACCCAUUCCACACAUCCGGACGACGAAGACGACGGACCCUACAAGUGGAUAUCGCCGGGCGACACCAAAGUAAUGGUGGAACACGGUGAGUUGGUUAUGGGUAUAUUGUGUAAGAAGACGCUCGGUACAUCGGCCGGGUCCUUGCUGCAUAUUUGUAUGUUGGAAUUGGGACACGAAGUGUGCGGAAGGUUCUACGGAAACAUCCAGACCGUAAUCAACAAUUGGUUGUUACUCGAAGGUCACAGUAUCGGUAUCGGAGACACGAUUGCCGAUCCCCAGACUUACACCGAAAUCCAAAGGGCCAUCAAGAAAGCCAAAGAGGACGUAAUUGAAGUUAUCCAGAAAGCGCACAAUAUGGAACUGGAACCCACCCCCGGUAAUACGUUGAGGCAAACUUUCGAAAAUCAAGUAAAUAGAAUAUUGAACGACGCCCGUGACAAAACCGGUGGGUCGGCCAAAAAGUCCUUGACCGAAUAUAAUAAUUUGAAGGCUAUGGUGGUUUCCGGGUCCAAAGGUUCCAAUAUUAAUAUUUCUCAGGUUAUCGCUUGUGUGGGUCAACAGAACGUCGAGGGGAAACGUAUCCCGUUCGGAUUUAGGAAACGCACUCUACCGCAUUUCAUAAAAGACGAUUACGGUCCCGAAUCUCGAGGUUUCGUUGAAAAUUCCUACCUCGCCGGUCUGACGCCGUCGGAAUUUUAUUUUCACGCCAUGGGAGGCCGUGAAGGUCUCAUCGAUACCGCCGUAAAAACCGCCGAAACCGGUUACAUCCAACGUCGUUUGAUAAAGGCUAUGGAAAGUGUGAUGGUACAUUACGACGGUACCGUUAGAAAUUCCGUGGGACAACUGAUCCAAUUGAGGUACGGAGAAGACGGAUUGUGCGGCGAAAUGGUGGAAUUCCAAACCCUACCGACCGUCAAAUUGAGCAACAAAGCCUUCGAAAGAAAAUUCCGAUUCGAUCCGAGCAACGAGAGAUACCUGAGGAGGGUGUUCAACGAAGAGGUGAUAAAACAGUUGAUGGGAUCCGGAGAGGUCAUAUCCGAAUUGGAAAGGGAAUGGGAACAGCUCCAGAAGGACCGGGAGGCCUUGAGACAGAUCUUCCCCAGCGGCGAGUCCAAGGUCGUGCUACCCUGCAACUUGCAACGGAUGAUAUGGAACGUGCAGAAGAUCUUCCACAUAAACAAACGCGCCCCGACGGACCUAUCGCCGCUGCGGGUCAUACAGGGCGUUAGGGAGUUGCUCAAAAAAUGCAUCAUAGUGGCGGGGGACGAUCGGCUCUCUAAGCAAGCCAACGAAAACGCUACGUUGCUUUUCCAAUGUCUGGUAAGGGCUACGCUAUGCACGAAAUGCGUUUCCGAAGAGUUCAGACUCAGCACCGAAGCAUUCGAAUGGUUGAUAGGAGAAAUUGAGACCAGAUUCCAGCAGGCUCAAGCUAAUCCCGGCGAGAUGGUCGGCGCUUUGGCGGCGCAAUCUCUUGGAGAACCCGCUACCCAGAUGACGCUCAAUACUUUCCAUUUCGCCGGGGUGUCUUCGAAGAACGUAACGCUCGGUGUGCCCAGGUUGAAGGAGAUUAUUAAUAUUUCCAAAAAACCGAAGGCUCCUUCUUUGACGGUGUUUUUGACGGGCGCCGCCGCUAGGGACGCCGAAAAGGCCAAGAACGUUCUCUGCAGACUCGAACAUACCACUUUACGUAAAGUAACCGCCAACACCGCCAUCUAUUACGAUCCCGAUCCUCAGAACACCGUCAUACCGGAAGACCAAGAAUUCGUGAACGUCUACUACGAAAUGCCCGAUUUCGACCCGACCCGCAUAUCCCCGUGGCUGCUCCGCAUCGAAUUAGACAGAAAAAGAAUGACCGACAAAAAACUUACCAUGGAACAAAUCGCCGAAAAGAUCAACGCCGGCUUCGGCGACGAUCUCAAUUGUAUAUUCAACGACGACAACGCCGAAAAACUAGUCCUGCGCAUCAGGAUAAUGAACAGCGACGACGGCAAAUUCGGCGAAGGCGCCGACGAAGACGUCGACAAAAUGGACGACGACAUGUUUUUGAGGUGCAUCGAAGCGAACAUGCUCAGCGACAUGACUCUGCAGGGUAUAGAAGCCAUAUCUAAGGUGUACAUGCAUUUGCCGCAGACCGAUUCCAAAAAGAGAAUAGUCAUCACGGAAACCGGCGAAUUUAAGGCCAUUGCCGAAUGGUUAUUAGAAACCGACGGUACCAGUAUGAUGAAAGUACUUUCAGAAAGAGACGUUGAUCCGGUCAGGACAUUUUCUAACGAUAUUUGUGAAAUAUUCUCGGUAUUGGGUAUAGAAGCCGUCCGUAAAUCCGUAGAAAAAGAAAUGAACGCCGUACUCCAAUUCUACGGUUUGUACGUAAACUACCGACAUCUCGCUCUUCUUUGUGACGUAAUGACAGCGAAAGGUCACUUGAUGGCCAUCACUCGUCACGGUAUUAACCGACAGGAUACCGGCGCUUUGAUGAGAUGUUCCUUCGAAGAAACCGUCGACGUGUUAAUGGACGCCGCCAGUCACGCGGAGGUCGAUCCGAUGAGAGGCGUAUCCGAAAAUAUAAUAUUGGGUCAAUUACCGAGAAUGGGUACCGGUUGUUUCGAUCUUUUAUUGGACGCCGAAAAAUGUAAAAUGGGUAUCCCCAUACCGCAAGCGCACAGCAGCGAUAUUCUCUCUUCCGGUAUGUUCUUCGGAUCGGUCGCUACUCCGAAUAGUAUGAGUCCGGGUGGGGCGAUGACUCCUUGGGCUCAAGCGGCUACCCCUUACGUCGGUAGCGUCUGGUCGCCACAAAAUCUAAUGGGAAGCGGUAUGACACCCGGCGGAGCUGCUUUUUCUCCAUCCGCCGCUUCAGACGCGUCUGGUAUGUCGCCGGCUUACGGAGCUUGGUCGCCAACACCGCAAUCCCCCGCUAUGUCGCCUUAUAUGGCAUCACCGCGCGGUCAAUCGCCUUCUUACAGUCCAGCAUUCCAAGCUACCUCGCCAUCAAUGGCACCCGCUUCGCCGGGAUAUUCACCAAGUUCACCCGGGUAUUCACCUACUAGUCCAAAUUACAGUCCGACAAGUCCCAAUUACUCGCCGGCGUCGCCUAGUUAUUCUCCAACAUCUAACAGUUAUUCACCGACAUCUCCGAGUUAUUCGCCAACAUCUCCCAGUUAUUCCACCUCGCCCGGAUAUUCACCUUCGUCUCCUAGUUAUUCCCCAACUUCGCCCGGUUAUUCGCCUAAUUCUCCGAGCUAUUCACCGACGUCGCCUAGUUAUUCACCUACACCAAGUUACAGUCCGACUUCGCCGAGUUAUUCGCCGGCGUCUCCGAAUUAUUCACCAACAUCCCCAAAUUACUCGCCCACUUCACCAAAUUAUUCUCACAGAUCACCAAAUUACAGUCCGACUUCACCGAGUUAUUCGCCUUCGUCUCCUAGAUACGCGGGUUCUCCUAGUUUUUCACAAUCGCCAAAUUAUUCACCUUCUUCUCCUCAAUAUUCACCCGGUUCUCCGAGUUAUUCACCCUCUUCGGCGAAAUAUUCCCCUACGUCUCCGAAUUAUUCUCCCACUUCCCCUUCAUUUUCAGGCGGCAGUCCGCAGUAUUCGCCUACGUCGCCUAAUUAUUCACCUACUUCUCCUAAUUAUUCCCCGUCGAGUCCGCAGCACACUCCGGCGGCGAGUAGCACAUAUUCACCUUCUUCUCCCGGUUAUUCGGCCAGUUCUCCCAAUUAUUCCCCCACUUCACACUAUUCUUCUUCGCAUAGUACGAAUUAUUCACCGACCAGUCCUUCUUACACUCCCCAAAGUCCUAGUUAUUCACCAGCUUCUCCCAACUAUUCGCCACCACCUCCAAGGUAUUCGCCUUCGUCUCCUAAUUUUUCGCCUAGCAGUCCUGGCCAGGACGAUUAGUUUUAGAUUUAAGUUAGUUUUAUCCUGGGGUGAUUCUAUUAUCGUUUAUCAAAAUACGUAUACGGGGGAAGUUCGAAGAAUUUUCUGUAAAGUUGAAAAAAAUGUACAAAUAAAAAGAAAAUGUUCAGAUGCUGGGUAGAAACGCCACAGAUUUCCGCUGUGUAUGUAUAGCUAAUCAUAUUUUUAUUAUAUUUAGAGUUUGUUAAAUUUUUUUUCUCAAAUAAAGUAUUAAAAUGUAA